GAGGGCGGUGGUAGUUGUAGUAAUAGUAGUAGUAGUAGUAGUAGUAGUAGUAAUAGUAUAGUCACCCUCUCACUCAUACUGUCUUCCAUUUUCUGUGAUAUUCUCAUGUUUGUGGGUAAAUUAAAAUUGUUUCCUUGUAUUUUGUGCUUUGCCUAACACUAGAAUGACCUUCCUUUGUUAUUCAUGAUGUGGUGAAUGCUAGUAUGGUCAACACAUCUGAGAAGAGGCACAAUGAGUUUAAUAGAUAGUGAGGUUAGGUGGGGUUAGGAUUACAGGAGCUGACUUCUAUCACCCUCUUGUAGAUUCCUUAAUGGGUAUCUAGGCAAGGAAUCUAAACUGUUCUUAAAAGUCACGUGAGGUUAGGUGGGGUUAGGAUUACAGGAGCUGACUUCUAUCACCCUCUUGUAGAUUCCUUAACGGGUAUCUAGGCAAGGAAUCUAAACUGUUCUUCAAAUUCACGUGAGGUUAGGUGGGGUUAGGAUUACAGGAGCUGACUUCUAUCACCCUCUUGUAGAUUCCUUAACGGGUAUCUAGGCAAGGAAUCUAAACUGUUCUUAAAAGUCACGUGAGGUUAGGUGGGGUUAGGAUUACAGGAGCUGACUUCUAUCACCCUCUUGUAGAUUCCUUAACGGGUAUCUAGCCAAGGAAUCUAAACUGUUCUUAAAAUUCACGUGAGGUUAGGUAGGGUUAGGAUUACAGGAGCUGACUUCUAUCACCCUCUUGUAGAUUCCUUAACGGGUAUCUAGGCAAGGAAUCUAAACUGUUCUUAAAAUUCAUGUGAGGUUAGGUGGGGUUAGGAUUACAGGAGCUGACUUCUAUCACCCUCUUGUAGAUUCCUUAACGGGUAUCUAGGCAAGGAAACUAAACUGUUCUUAAAAUUCAUGUGAGGUUAGGUGGGGUUAGGAUUACAGGAGCUGACUUCUAUCACCCUCUUGUAGAUUCCUUAAUGGGUAUCUAGGCAAGGAAUCUAAACUGUUCUUCAAAUUCAUGUGAGGUUAGGUGGGGUUAGGAUUACAGGAGCUGACUUCUAUCACCCUCUUGUAGAUUCCUUAAUGGGUAUCUAGGCAAGGAAUCUAAACUGUUCUUAAAAUUCGCGUGAGGUUAGGUGGGGUUAGGAUUACAGGAGCUGACUUGAAUAGGUCUAUCACCCUCUUGCAGAUUCCUUAGGCUCUUAUGGUUAACAGGCAUCUAGGCAUCUAAACUGUUACUAAAUGUCACAUAAGUCUGGGGUCUGCAUUUUCUUGGUUACUGUGAUGCAAUGGAUGUCAGGUUGCAAGCACUGUGAAAUGUUUAAAACUAUUUGAAACGAAACACAUUUACAUCAAAUAAUUUAGUCAUCCCCUGAUAUAUAAUUUCUAACAUGUAUCACAGAACAAAAAUUGCUUCAGAGGUCACUACUGCUUGCUCAAUGAAAAAGGCUUUGAGUGGAAUGCUCACCGGGCAAAAUUGUGUCCAUGUUGGAACCUUUUCGUCUAACAAGUGUACGAAGGCACUGGAGAACAAAGCUGUAUUACAUCUAUGUCUGCUCAUUGAGGGGACUGUUUGGGUCUACAUCGAGGGGACUGUUUGGGUCUAUAUCGAGGGGACUGUUUGGGUCUAUAUCGAGGGAACUGUUUGGGUCUAUAUCAAGAGAACUGUUUGGGUCUACAUUGAGGGAACUGUUUGGGUCUACAUCGAGGGAACUGUUUGGGUCUACAUCGAGGGAACUGUUUGGGUCUACAUCGAGGGAACUGUUUGGGUCUACAUCGAGGGAACUGUUUGGGUCUAUAUCGAGGGAACUGUUUGGGUCUAUAUCGAGGGGACUGUUUGGGUCUACAUCGAGGGGACUGUUUGGGUCUAUAUCGAGGGAACUGUUUGGGUCUACAUCGAGGGGACUGUUUGGAUCUAUAUCGAGGGAACUGUUUGGGUCUAUAUUGAGGGAACUGUUUGGGUCUACAUCGAGGGAACUGUUUGGGUCUACAUUGAGGGGACUGUUUGGGUCUACAUCGAGGGGACUGUUUGGGUCUAUAUCGAGGGAACUGUUUGGGUCUACAUCGAGGGAACUGUUUGGAUCUAUAUCGAGGGAACUGUUUGGGUCUAUAUUGAGGGAACUGUUUGGGUCUACAUCGAGGGAACUGUUUGGGUCUAUAUCGAGGGAACUGUUUGGGUCUAUAUCGAGGGAACUGUUUGGGUCUACAUCGAGGGAACUGUUUGGGUCUGUAUCGAGGGAACUGUUUGGGUCUACAUCGAGGGAACUGUUUGGGUCUACAUCGAGGGAACUGUUUGGGUCUAUAUCGAGGGAACUGUUUGGGUCUGUAUCGAGGGAACUGUUUGGGUCUACAUCGAGGGAACUGUUUGGGUCUAUAUCGAGGGGACUGUUUGGGUCUACAUCGAGGGGACUGUUUGGGUCUACAUCGAGGGGACUGUUUGGGCCUAUAUCAGUCUUUUACUUUCCCUUGAUACCCCUUCCGUGGACCUCCAUAAUAAUAGCAUGACAUCGGAGUGUAGCGGGAGGGCUAUACGCUGGGCACAUCCGGGUAUCUACUGCCUGGAUAUUUAUUCUACCGUGGCCAACACCAACACAUAUGACCCACGUUUGGAUUUACAGUUUUGCGACAUCAGCGUUUGGAGAUUAAUUUCUUCUCUAAUCGGUGUUUUGUUUCCUUUCGUUACUUUUUCCCGUUAUUAAUUUUUGUCUUCUUU